UAUGCGCAUGCGCAUCUGUGCCUUUCAAGGGAAAAUCUGGUUUCGUUUCAAUCUACUCUCUCUGUAGAGGUAGUGUGCACAGAGUAGGGUGUAGUAAACAUUAUAUAACACGGUAACAUAGCAAACUUAAUAAAGGAAGAACGGUGUGGUUUUGGGACACGUCCCGUACCGUAGGCGAGAAUUAAAAGCACUUAAGGUUCAGAAGGUGGAAUACAGAGCCUGGAUUCUUAUUCGGUGUGAGGUUUUACCAGUGUGAACGGAAAAGGUGUAGUGUGCGUUGGCUGGUGCGUAAAGCGCCAUGGCGGACUCGGUGAAGACGUUCCAGGCGCAUCUGACCGCCGUGAUGGACAGCCUGGUGCGCGCCUCCGUGUGCGAGAUCACCAAGCUGUUCGAGGACACGGUGAACGACUACCUGGUGGAGAUCUCGCUCAACCGCAAGGAGAACGAGGCCCUGAAGCUGCGCCUGAGGCUCACCGAGAACAAGCUGCGCAACGAGCGCAAGUACGGCCUCGCCUGGGCGGCCGGGCGGCGCACUGCCGGUCUGCUCGGAGCGGACGAAUCCGGCGCAGCGAAAAAGCGCAAACUGGAAACGAGAGGCAAGCAGGCCAAGGAGUGGAGUGCUGGAGCGUGGGAGGAGGGGGUUGGAGGAGCGAAGAACAAGAGGAGGGACAUGUGCCGAGCGCGUCCACCAACCGCUGUGGAAGGAGAGGAGCAGGAGGAGGAGAGGAGACACGUUUCCAGCGAGAGAAAGGAGGUGGCUUCGGUUAAGGAGGAGAAUGACAUAUACAGGUGCGAGUCAGUGAGGCUGCUGCAGGAGGCACUGCAGAUGAGCCAGCCGGAAAACAACUCGGCACACGAUUUGGAUCCCGUCUCUACCGGUCCUGGAUCGGCUGUGGUCGAGGUAUGGGAGCAACCCAAUCUCUCAUCCAUACCUCCAAACAGCAGCGACGAGUUCAGCGGGUUAGAAACUGUGUUAAAGGCUGAGUGUGUGACGGAGGAGGCAGGACCCACACUGACCAGCCCGGACCAUGCUCCGGAUCGAGCAGAAGGUGUAGAAUUCAUUGGCCUGGAUGGUUUGUGCAGCUCUCAGCAGGACCCUGCAUCGUCGAAAUGUGAAGCCAACCCUGCUAAGUUAGCCACUGGGAGUCAGGGAGAAGAGGAGGAGGAGUCAGGUCGAGAAAGAGGGGACUUGCUACAUUUCUGCCCUCAAUGCGGUGGCGGCUUUAAUUCCGCCUUGGACCUAGCUGAACACGCAUGCCCGUUGGCCGAGGAACGUUUCCAGUGCUCGACAUGUGGCCAGGCCUUCAGUCACGCAUGGAGCUUGAAAAGCCACGAGUGCGUACAGUCGGGCGAGCAACCGCACUGCUGUGAACUCUGUGGGAAACGCUUCACACACUCGCGCUCCCUCGAGCGCCACCAGCUGGUCCACACGGGCGAGCGGCCACACCGUUGCCCACAAUGCGGCCGCAGUUUUAGUCGCCUGGGCAAUCUCGAGCGACACCAGCGCAUCCAUACGGGCGAGCGGCCGUACGAGUGCGGGGCAUGCGGCAAACGCUUCAGUCGUAUCGAGUACCUCAAGCGGCACCAGCAGAUCCACAGUGGAGAGAGGGGAGAAAGGAACCAGGUGCUUAGUGACACAGAGCUGAAACACAAUCAAUGCUUCUCCAGCUCCUAAUAAACUGCGUAGUACUUGAUCUAAUUCUCCAUCCAGCUUUAAAGACCAAAAACUCCUGAAUGUCCUCUGACCCUUAAAGCUGAAUAGGGUCUCCUAGGGCUGCACAAUAUGUAUAUCAUGUAGUAAUCAUUAUUACAGGUUUAGCUUUUGCAGCAUUGAUAUUGGAGAAGCCUACAUAGUUCAAAUGACUUUUACAAACUUUUUUUAAAUUAUUUUUAUUUUUUACCUGUGAGUUUUGUGGCCAUGACAGAGCUUCCAGAUAAAAUUUUUGUAGGUGUGUUUUGGGAAAUCCUGGCAUUGGUGCAAUCUUUACAUUACUCCAUACCGUACUGAUUUAGUGUGUCCUUGUUUAAAUAUGAAUUACAGCAGAUCUUUACACAUCACAGGCUCACCAAUUUUUUUUUGUUUUUUAGUUACAGUUGUACUCUUUUGUCCAUUAUUUUAUUGCUUUAAUGUUCCACCUUUUCCUGAAUUUAACCACCCUGAAAACAAACAAGACCACAUACAUUACACAAUCAUGCGAGUAAAAAUACACCUUGUCAUGUGCAUCACACUCUUAGUCAUACAGUUAGGCGUCUUCUACGGCUUCUUCUUCCUCAGCCAGAGCUAGAGUAAAAUCCAUAUUUCUACUGUCAGUAAAAAAUUCUGCCUAAUUGCUGAACUUCUACCAUGUAUAGUUUGACUCCAUGUGAAGCUUUCUUUGAACGGGAUUUGUGUCUGGGUGAAUUCUGGUAUAACACGAACUCCAAUAAACUCCAAUGUCUGUUUGUAGUAAACAAAGUAAACAAGUUUCAGGAACGAGUUUCUAUGUUAACUGGGUCUUUGUAUCACACAUGAUCAGGAACUUGCUUUAUAUCCAUUGGAGGUUUGAAUAUAAAGAAUAUAAUUUGCUCAUUUGCAGUUCUAUUUAUUUCACAGCAUUUAUUAUUAGAUGGUUAAUACAAAUGUGGACUAAUUUGUUUUCAGAAAAGUAAGGUUGUAGGAAAUUGUGAUGUGUUUAUACAGUAUAAAGUGGGUUUAUGAAUAAGUAUAAAAAUCCUUUUUAAGCAAA